AGAUUUUCUGUCUUCUUUUUACCACACAUCAGAAAGAAAAAAACAGAGGCGUAGAAAACUUUCCUUUUUGCUGGCUAGAAGUUUCGUAUUUUCUAGCUAUAUUUUAUGAAUAGUAUAGAUUUUUAAAGAAGGAAGAUAAAUAUUUUGCUGUUAUUUCGUCGUUAUUGCAAAAAAGGAAGUUUUGGGCUGGUUUUUUGCAUUUGAAAAUAUCCAAUCCGAAGUAUGGAGAAGUGAAGUAAACGGACGUUUUUAUGAGAAGUUAUUCUCAGAAACAAAGAUAUAGAAUCGAUCAACUGUACUGAUGAAUUUUCGUCUACCCAUGGAAAGAACAGAAGGAAGCAAAAGAAGCUGAUCUAAUACAACGAAGAAAUUUCUAACGAAACCCCCAAAAAUAAACUUUAGCUAAGAUGUCUUCGAUUCAUUACAAAUUUCGAAGCAGCACCGAGUAUGAUACAAUUACGUUUGAUACGCAAACGAUAUCACUUAAUGACUUACGUGAAGCUAUAAUGCUUCAAAAGAAAAUAUUAAAGUCCCCUGAUUAUACCCUGGAAAUUACCAAUGGUCAGACAAAAGAAGUGUACAAAGAGGAUGAUGCAAUGAUUCCAAAAAAUUCAUCUGUGAUUGUGAAGAGAGUUCCAGUUCAAAGAUUGGCUGCAGUUACUGACCAAGGAAGUGGACUGACAAAGGAAGAAGAAGAGCUGACUGAAAUGGCUUUUAUGAAUUUAUCGACAACUGCAAAUUUGGUGAAUGCCAAAGCAUCAGAAGCAGAUAAGAUUAAGGCAAUGAUGAAACAAUCCAGUGAAGGAUAUGAUCCCUCCUUAUAUCAAAAAAGGCCUCCGCCAUCAUACAUAUGUAGUAGAUGCGGUCAAAAAGGUCAUUUCGUGAGACAAUGUCCAACACAAGGGGAUUCUCGUUAUAACAACAAAACAGUUCGUGCACCAUCAGGAAUACCCCGGGAAUUUAAUAUACAACGAAUAAAACAACAAGAUGAGUUUAUAAUGAACCUACGUGGAAUGCAAAGGGAGGGAAGUCGGUUUUCACCUGCUGUUGGCAGUGAUGUUGUUGACCAUACUAAAGUACCAGCAGAGUUACAAUGUCCACAUUGUAAGAAGCUGUUUAAUGAUGUGGUUGUCACGCCAUGUUGUGGUGAAAGUUAUUGUGAUGAGUGUAUCCGGAAUUAUUUAAUUGAGCAUGAUUUAACUUGCUUGUGUGGGGAAACCACGUCUCCAGAUAAUCUUAUUGCAAACAAAUCUCUUAGGACUGCUGUGAAUAAUUUCCGAAAUCAGAAAAAGUCAGACUUGAAGUCAGUACCACCAUCUCCGGACACACAGCAGUCAACCACUAGUAUUACAAAUGGUUCCUCACUCAAUUCAAUUGAGAAUCAACCAUCGCCACAGCCAGCCACCAGUACUGAAGCUGAUGUUGUGAGCGCUCAAAAUCCUCCAGACAUACAUUCUGAAACAUCACAGUCGAGUGAUACUGCACAAUUGAGCGUACCUUCGCCUAAAGUUGGAGAUUUAGCUGUGAUGAACUCGCCGAAGAAACAAGUCAUUGAAGAUGGAAAAGCAGGUAUGGUCAACCAAGGUAUGGUAGUACAACCGCAGAUUUUAAGUGCAAGUCAAGCUAUUAUAGCAGGGCAAGUUCAACCACGUAUUGUACCUGGCUCUCAAGCAUUCCACACAGCUGCUGGAACAGCGGUGUAUACAGGUGUACAUCAUAAUGCAAUGAGAGCCAACUAUCUUCUACCUCAACAACAAAUUCUCCAGUCUUCAGCUUUACUUGGACCAACGAUACAGUACGGUAUCAACAUGCCUGGUGGCGCGACAUUAGUCAAAAGACUGGUCCCAGUACCAGUUGGUCCGCGACUGGCAGUUUCGCAGGUGCCACAUUCAGGAAUACCUCAUGGAAGUGUGGUGCCAGUCGAUCUUAAUAAACAACUAUUGGAACAGCAUGGUAGACCUGCGAGGAAGGAUAAAGAAAAAGGCGAUGUCGAGUCACCUAUGCCGUUGACCGAAGAUGAGUUUUAUCUCUGGCAGAAUCAGUUCAAACAGCGACGUCAUCUUGCCCCUCCUGUUCGUGAAACUUCCAGGGAACGUCAUCGAAGUCGCAGCAAAAGUCCGACGGGAGAGAAGCGUAGACGACAUCGUGAUAAGAGCAUGUCUCACUCGGCAGAUGAAUCGAGUCAGGAAAGAAAAAAGAAAAGGGAAAAAAAAAGACAUCGAGAUUCUUCUCAAGAAAGUCGAGGCGAGUCGGCGAAAAGUAAAAGUCGUUCCGAACGAAAAUACUCGUCGAAAAAAUCGUCGCGUCACUUACCGAAACAUAUUAAGCGGGAACUGGAAGAAUUCGAAUUCGACAACGAGCUCGAGUUUGACGAAGAACUGCGCAAAGUGCGAAAGCAGUCGAAAAAAAAAUCACGCAGCGAUUUUGAAUACGAUGACGAUUUUGAUAACGAACUUCACAAACUUAGAAAAGAAUCGAAAAGAAAAAAUAAGCGCAGCAAGGAAACGGAGAAUACACCCAACUCUACAAAAUCAGCUUCCGUAGAAAGAAACAGUUCUGUCUCGCCGGAACCGAAUGAGAACAAAGACGCUUCUAACGAACCUGCUGUAAAAACAGAGGUUAAUGCCAGUGAAACUUCGAAAGAAGUCGGUGCUGUUGUCCUUGCAUCGACUCAAGACACUGAGAACAACAAAACAGAGACAACAGACGUGGUAAAGGAGAAUAAACCUAAACCAGAAACCGAUGCGACGGCAACCGAAAACAAGCCGAAGAAGAGAACAAAAAUUGUUAGGAAAAUAGUUAAACGUGUAGUAAAGGUUAAAAAACGAAAAGGUGAAAUUAUGUCAAAAACUGUAAUAUCUAGUGGCCCAGCAUUGUCUGAACAAAUUGUCCCCACGGAGCAAACUCCGAUUGAAAAAAUUACCCCUGCGACAGAUUCUGGUAUUUCUGCCGAUGCUAAAAAAUCCGAUAAUACGGAAACACCGUCAAGCGAAAGCGCUUUACCAGAAAAUAGUCGUUGGGAGACUGGAGAGAAAAAAGGCGUCGAAAAGUCACCAGAAGGCAACACUCACGAAGAAAACAACGCAACGCCUGUUAAAAAAGCGAAAACUCUUUUUAAAACAGACGUGACUCCUAAAACUGUUGCCGGCACGUCAGGACGAUCUCAAGCUUUAGUGUCUCCUCAGAAAAAAGCUUCCGAACUUCGAUCUAGAAAAGAGGCUCAAAAGCGUGCCAUAAUCGAAAAAGCUAAGAAGUUAAAAAUGUUAUCCGAGUCCUUGGAAGGCGAGGAUGAAGAAACAAAGAAAAAGAGAGAAAAAUAUUUACUUUUAAAGCAAAAAAAAUUAAAGGAGCGUGCUGCAAAGUUAAAAAAAGGAGUAAAACAAGACAAAGCAAACUCACUUCGAAACACUGCCGAGCAUUCUGAUGAAGGCAGGGAUGAUCCAGAGGAACGCAGCAAGUCAAGGUCUAAGGAAGAUAAGUUGGGUAAAAAACCCGACCAACAUUUUUAUAAGCCAGGUGAUGCGAAACUAAAGAGCAUCAGUGAAAUGAGUAAGCAGCGAUUAAAACAAGUGGAAACACGUCGCGCGGCGAAGAAAGAGGUGGAAAACGGCGAAGGGGACGACGUCCUGAAAUCUAAAGUAACUAGCAUUAAAAAGAUGAUCACGGAGAAACGUCGGGUUAUCAAGACAUCAGUGUCGGAAGAAGAGAAGGAAUUUACGACAAGUCAAUCGUCUGAAGAUAUUCGACGGAGUGAUCAUCGUGUUGUUCGCAUUGAAAACAAAAAAAAGGCCUUGUCGUCGGCGGUCGAAAAAACCGGCCAAGAGAAGAGGAAACACAAGCAACACGAAGACAGCUCCGAACGGAGACAUCGUGAGAAAAGUUUAGAACGAGAACGAAAAACGACAACAGAUCGCGAUCGAGCUGAACGCCGUCUGCUACGCGAGGAGGAAGAAAGAAAGGAAGCCAAGAGACAACGCCAACUCGAACGAGAGAGAAAGGAACGAAAAAAGGUAUCCAUAUUGGAACAAGAGAAACAAGAGAGUUUGCAGCGAGAAAAGUUAGCGCUGCGAGAGAAGGAUCGGUUGGAGAGGAAGCUGAUGAGGGAAAGGGAACUUCGUGAAGAACUGAUGCGUGAAAAAGAAGAGGAGAAGUUUCGAAGGAAGAAACAGGAGUUGGUGAAAAGAAAGCGAAUAAACCUCAAGGAUGACGACAGUGACGAAACGUCGAGCAAGAAAAGUCGACGACAUAAAGAAGUUAUCAAAAUCGAUGUGAGUGAAAAAAGCGAGGAGGAGAGCAGUGAAAGCGAGAAAGAAAAGAAGAAAAAGAAACGAUCUAAGAAGAAGAAGGAGAAGAAGAAGAGAAGAAAGAAGAGUGAGGAGAGUGACGACGAAAACAAUGAGUCAGCUGAUUCCGACGACUCUUCUUCGGAAGAUGACGACGAGGAAGAAGAGCGUAAAAGAAAGAAGAAGAAAAGGAAACACAAACGAAAACAUAAAAAGCACAGGAAAAGUAAAAAACAUAAGAAGAAGACUAAGAAGAAAAAAACAAAGAAGGAGAAGAGUGAAAGUGAGAGCGAAGAAGAACAAGAAAGUGAAAGUAAAAAGUCUGAUACUGAGGAGGAAGAUGAAGAGGUAGAAGAAAGUGAACAAAAAUCUGAAGAAUCUGACAAUGCGAAGGAGAGCAAAAGCGCUUCAUCUGAAGACGAAUCUGUGAAAUCAAGCAGUGAUCAAAAUGAAGAAGAAAAAGAAGAAGAAGAAGAAGAAGAAGAAGAAACGGAGUCUAAAACUGAGAUAACUGAAAAAUCAGCUACGGAUCUUGAAACAGAAACCGAGAAAAAUGACGACUCUUCAAAAGCGAAAUGUGAAAAAACUAAAGAGAAAACAGAGAACGAACCUCCCGUCGGUAAAGUGAAAAAAAAGAGUUCCACAGGUGACGCAGAAGAUCUGGAACUGGACUACGAUGAAGACAUUGGAGACCUUGACAACGAUGCGUUGUAUGGUGACUUAAACUUCGCUGAUGACGAGCAAACGAACCCUGAAAAUACAGACGAAGAGAGAGCGGACAGGAGUCCCGAAGAUGGUGAAAUAUUAGAUGAAGAUUUGUUUAGUAUGAAACCAAAUACUGUUGAAAAAAACUUGUUUAGUACCGAACCCAACGAUACAGAUAUCGAAAAUGCUGUCGAUGACGCAAUUAACGAACUUUCGCUAGAUAUUUCUAACCGUAAAAACGCUGUAAGGAAAGUAGAGAAGUCCAGCGAUGUGGAACUUAUUUUAAAAAACGAGAAUUCGAAAAAUAGGUAGCAGAAGAUUUAUAACGUGCGCGAUGUUGAGUUAAGAUUUUUAUAACCUUAAUUAUAAGAAAUUUUUAUACACUAAAAAAAUAUAAAAGAUAUUUUCACGUAUUAUCUUCUGUAUACUUUAAAGGAAACUUAUUAAGCCGUGGUUGGUCUGGCUACCUGUACUCCGGUGACGAAAGUACCCCUUAAUACACUAGUUUGUGUGUCCUUUGCAUAAAAAGGUGAACGCCAGAUAACAAUUUCGCCGCAGUAAAACUAAACGUGGUUCUGACGGAUAUCUUUUUGAUUGGACUUGAGUUUAUUGUAUAGGUUAGGUUGUGGUGAAUAUUAAUAGAAUAAAGUAUCUUUUGGAGCCUGGUAACGACGCAUGGUUCCGGUGUUGAGGUUUUUCUCAAAGCGUCUUGUCGUGACACAGCGCUUCAUUGUGGAUGUUUUAUUCUACUUAUUUUUUGUUUUGCAGGGUGGUGGAAGUAGAUAUAAGAUACUUCAAAAUCAACUUUUAAUGAUGAUGUCUUUUUCUAUUAUCUAUCCACCAAUUUAUUAAAACUCCCCAAAAGAUUACUUUUGUGUUAUUUUUAUUGUGUUGCUCCAAAAGUUAAAAUGGCGCAAUGCUUUACUUGUGAGAGCGGUUGGGGCAGGUGGUCGCCUCCUUACGCAGUGUUGUGAAGGUGUGUAAAUCUCGUGGUGUAGCCAUGCAUGGCGAACGUUAUCCUGUUCUGUAAUUUACUACCCACGCCAUGUUAUUCUGUAAAUUCGUGAUGUGCCGUGUUUAUUUUCCACUUUUUAUGUAUAUUAGUUGUUUCGUUUUUUUUAUUACUGUUUUUCUUCUUUAGGUAUAUAUUUGUAAGACUUAUUCAAUCCGAAAAAUUUCCGUAAAAAUAACUUCAAA